GAGGUGCCGAGGCAGCUCCGUGUGAGCGGCGCCGCGUGUGCCCCCGCCGAGCAGCCGCCGGGCCGGGCCGGGCCGGGCCGGGGCAUGGAGGCGGCGCACAGCCUCCCGGUGCUCGACGUCCUCCGCCGCUUCGGCGUGAGCGAGAGCUGCGGGCUCAGCCCGGAGCAGGUCCGGCGCAGCAGGGAGAAGUACGGCCGCAAUGAGCUCCCUGCAGAAGAAGGAAAGUCCCUCUGGGAGUUGGUGUUGGAGCAGUUUGAAGAUCUCCUCGUCCGCAUCCUUUUGAUGGCAGCUUUUCUGUCCUUCAUCCUGGCCUGGUUUGAAGAAGGAGAAGAGACCACGACAGCAUUUGUGGAGCCUGUUGUCAUUAUUAUGAUCCUGAUCGCCAAUGCUGUGGUGGGUGUGUGGCAGGAGAGAAACGCCGAGAGUGCCAUCGAAGCCUUGAAAGAGUAUGAGCCCGAGAUGGGGAAGGUGAUCCGCGCUGACCGCAGUGGGGUACAGCGAAUCCGCGCCCGGGACAUUGUCCCUGGGGACAUCGUGGAGGUGGCAGUUGGUGACAAGGUGCCAGCGGACAUCCGGAUCAUCGAAAUCCGGUCCACCACCCUGCGGGUUGACCAGUCCAUCCUCACUGGGGAGUCUGUGUCAGUGAUCAAGCAUGCUGACCCCAUCCCUGACCCCCGGGCUGUCAACCAGGACAAGAAGAACAUGCUUUUCUCUGGCACCAACAUCGCCGCCGGGAAGGCUGUAGGGGUUGUCAUUGCAACAGGAGUGUACACCGAGAUCGGGAAGAUCCGAAACCAGAUGGUGGAGACCGAGCCUGAGAAGACGCCCUUGCAGCAGAAGCUGGAUGAGUUCAGCCAGCAGCUCUCCAAAGUGAUCUUCCUGGUGUGCAUCGCCGUCUGGGUCAUCAACGUCAGCCACUUCAGCGACCCGGUCCACGGCGGCUCCUGGUUUCGGGGGGCCAUCUACUACUUCAAGAUCUCAGUGGCGCUGGCGGUGGCUGCCAUCCCUGAGGGCCUCCCCGCUGUCAUCACCACCUGCUUGGCGCUGGGCACGCGGCGCAUGGCCAAGAAGAAUGCCAUCGUCCGGAGCCUGCCCUCCGUGGAGACCCUGGGCUGCACCUCCGUCAUCUGCUCCGACAAGACCGGCACCCUCACCACCAACCAGAUGUCCGUCUGCCGGAUGUUCAUUAUGGAGAAGGUGGAGGGCACCCAGUGCAGCUUGCACGAGUUCAGCAUCACCGGCUCCACCUAUGCCCCUGAAGGACAGAUCCUGAAGGACGAGCAGCCGGUGCAGUGCGGGCAGUACGACGGGCUGGUGGAGCUGGCCACCAUCUGCGCCCUCUGCAACGACUCCUCGCUGGACUACAACGAGUCAAAAAAAGUCUAUGAGAAGGUGGGGGAAGCCACUGAAACAGCCCUGACGUGCCUGGUGGAGAAGAUGAAUGUCUUCAACACUGACAUCAGCAAACUGUCCAAGGUGGAGCGAGCCAACGCCUGCAAUUCGGUGAUCAAGCAGCUGAUGAAGAAGGAAUGCACCCUGGAGUUCUCCCGUGACCGCAAGUCCAUGUCUGUGUACUGCACACCCACCGGCCCCGGCCACAACUCCACUGGCAGCAAGAUGUUUGUCAAGGGUGCCCCGGAGAGCGUGAUCGAGCGCUGCACCCAUGUCCGUGUGGGCACCACCAAGGUGCCGUUGACAGCCCCGGUGCGGGAGAAGAUCCUGGGCAGGAUCCGGGACUGGGGCAUGGGCAUUGACACGCUGCGCUGCCUGGCCCUGGCCACGCACGACUCGCCUGUCCGCAGGGAGACCAUGCAGCUGCACGACUCCGCUGCCUUCGUCCACUACGAGAACAACCUGACCUUUGUGGGCUGCGUGGGGAUGCUGGACCCUCCCCGCAAGGAGGUCACCUCCUCCAUCGAGAUGUGCCGCAAAGCCGGCAUCCGUGUCAUCAUGAUCACCGGUGACAACAAGGGCACGGCGGUGGCCAUCUGCCGCAGGAUCAGCAUCUUCUCCGAGACUGAGGACGUGGCUGGCAAAGCCUACACAGGCCGGGAGUUUGAUGAGCUGUCUCCCGAGGCGCAGCGGCAGGCGUGUCGCGAUGCCCGCUGCUUCGCCCGUGUGGAGCCAGCGCACAAGUCCCGCAUCGUCGAGUACCUGCAGUCCUUCCAUGAGAUCACCGCCAUGACUGGCGAUGGUGUCAACGAUGCUCCAGCCCUGAAGAAAGCAGAGAUUGGCAUCGCCAUGGGGUCGGGCACCGCCGUUGCCAAGUCAGCCGCGGAGAUGGUGCUGUCUGAUGACAACUUCUCCACCAUCGUGUCAGCUGUCGAGGAGGGCCGGGCUAUUUACAACAACAUGAAGCAGUUCAUCCGCUAUCUCAUCUCCUCCAACGUCGGGGAAGUCGUUUGCAUCUUCCUUACAGCCAUCCUGGGCCUCCCCGAGGCCCUCAUCCCCGUGCAGCUGCUGUGGGUGAACCUGGUGACGGACGGGCUGCCAGCCACUGCACUGGGCUUCAACCCCCCCGACCUGGACAUCAUGGACAAGCAGCCCCGCAACCCCAAGGAGCCCCUCAUCAGCGGCUGGCUCUUCUUCCGCUACCUGGCUGUCGGAGUGUACGUGGGCCUGGCCACAGUGGGCGCAGCGACUUGGUGGUUCCUGUACGACGCUGAGGGACCACAGGUCUCCUUCCAUCAGCUGAGGAACUUCAUGAGGUGCACUGAGGACAACCCCAUCUUUGAAGGAAUUGACUGUGAGAUCUUUGAGUCCCGAUACCCGACCACGAUGGCUCUGUCUGUGCUGGUGACAAUCGAAAUGUGCAACGCUCUGAACAGUGUCUCUGAGAACCAGUCACUGCUGCGGAUGCCACCAUGGCUCAACAUCUGGCUGCUGGGAGCCAUCGUCAUGUCCAUGGCUCUGCACUUCCUCAUCCUCUACGUCAAGCCCAUGCCUCUCAUCUUCCAGGUAACCCCCCUGAGCUGGCCACAGUGGGUGGUUGUAAUGAAAAUCUCCCUGCCUGUUAUCCUGCUGGAUGAAGGACUCAAGUACCUUUCCCGCAACCACCUGGAUGGCAUUCUCAGGACAGUAAGACACAAGUGGAGCGGGGAGCACCAGUUGAAAACCUGCAGGACUCCAGAGCAAGGGAGAAGAGCACAAGAAAUGAAUGACACGAAGGAAACGCUCCUCACUAAAGGAUCCCUCGCUUGUAACUCGGACUGAAGCCUUGCAUGUGUGCCCCUCGCUAGAGACCAGCAGGACAUGCAUGUGUCCGACUACCAGACAAAUGCGGGUGAAUCGUCGAAAAGAAAAAUCCUGAUUUUGUUUUGUUCUGUAGCUUUCUUUUUCCUGUACAUAGGAGUGCAGUUACUGGGCAGCUGGUGUAGGGUUUGGGGACGGAGCUGUGCAGACCUGGGUCAUCAUAACACGGUUCCUUGGGAGUUUGUUCCUGCAGAAUUUGAGGCCCUCUUUCCAAUUCUCACCCUGCUGCGGUGAGCUCAGGCCGAGGUGCCCUUCAUGGGAGAUUGAGGGGGGAACCCGGGGUUUUAGGUGAUACACUGAGUGUGGAUGGGAGGCUGCAUCCCCCAUCGGGGUGGCAUGCAGAAGGGCAGCUCCUGGAGUUGGGAAGGGUAGGGCAGGGAGGCGAGAUGGCCAUGGGUUGGGAUCACUGCCCCUCGAUGGUGUCCGUGGUGUCGGUGGGUGCUGUGUUCAGCUCCAGUGGCCACAGUGCCUGCAGGCUGCAGCAGGUCCACAUCACUUCGCAGUGUGACCAGUGGUGGUGUGGAUCUCAUGGACGUGUGUUUCUAUGUCGAGAUAGGGUGCAUGUCUUGGAAGGUGAAGUUUUCCCUAUUUAUCAUGCUGUCCUGUUUGAUCCCUGUGUUGUAGAAAGCCCCACACCUUCUCAGGCUUAUCUGACACCAAAGCAUGAUGUAGUCUUGUCUAUUCUCCCCUGUCCAGCAUCUUGUGAGAUCCCAGCUGCACUGUUUAAACUGUAGCCCUCUUCCUCAUAGGGGCAAUUAUUUAAAGCAAGGCAUGUUCCAUCCCUGGAAGUGUUCAAGACCAGGCUGGACAGGCCCUUGAGCUACCUAGUCUAGUAUGAGGUGUCCCUGCCCAUGGCAGGGGGUUGGAACUGGGUGAUCUUAAGGUCCUUUCCAACCCAAACCAUUCUAUGAUGCUAUGGGGAUGACUGACUGUGCAUUCCUCAUGUCUACUGCUUCCUCCUGGUCAUAUUUUCUUUCCUCAGAUGAUUUUUAACUGUUUCCUUAGCAGGAGUAGUGCUUAAAUCCUUAGGAGCACAUCUAUGAGUUCUUGUUCUCUGCUUUUGGAAAGCAUCCCUGUCUUGCACAGGGCAUCCUUGACACCAGUGAUCCGCCUUCGAGACAGGAAUGAAUGUAUGCUUGUACAUAAUGUAGUUCUUCUCUGUGAGCAGUGUUUGUCAUGGCAUCCCUUUUUAUAAGGCACCAACUCUAUUUUAUCCUCUCGGGGCUUCUCUGCAGCAGGAGCGACACAGGCUGCAGUGAGAGUUUGUGGAUCAGGAAUGGAUUUUGGGAUCCAGUAAGUUGACCUUUCUCCAUUGAGCUGGAGAAAGAGAUAGUGGGGAGCUGAUAGCUGAGAAGCUGAUAGUGGGUGAUUUCUUCUCCAGAUCUCUAAAUCUUCCCUUCUGUUUUCCUGAUGUUCCCUUAUGAUCUGUCCUGAUGAUAUUUAGUUAGCCAGACCCUUUCCUUUCUCUUAAUUCCAGCAGCAGCACUAGAGCCAGGGUUUUACAUAGCAUUUGGCUCCUUUGCUGUUGGCUUUUUUCUUUCACUUUUUGCCUCUUGAGAGCUUCCAGUGCUUUGCUGUUCCUCUUUCACUUGGGCAAGAGCUACUUUUCCUCUGUACAGUAGGUGCCAAAUAUCAUCCCUCCUUUCCUUUCUCCAUCACCAGCAUUGAAGAUGAGCAGAGCCCCCCAGACCAAUGGGAAUGUACAGAAUUGUUAUACUACUGAGCUGAUUUUAUUGUACAGAAAACCUUGCAUGAAAUGUCGUUACUGUAUUUAAUAUAUAAUGUAUUCAAGGAAUUUUAAUAUGGAGCUCUUUAAAAAGAUCUUUAUAGAUACUCUGUGGUUAGAAGAUUGUUGCUGAUUUUUAAUAUUAUUAUACUUUGUCUUGAAGAAAGUUUUAUUUUUCAAAUGUGUUCUGUCUAAUGGAUUUAAUUGGUGAUCCCAUGGGGCUACCAGUUCCUCCUUAAAGAUUUCCACCAUGGAUGAGACUCACCCUGGUGCAGAGAACCAGGGCAUGACCCAGGUACUGAUUAAACCUUCGAAACAGGGCUUUAGUAAGACUAAGGCUAUAGAUGUGUGAUUUGCCCUUCCCCACAAGGGUGGAAUUCACCUUUUUAGAACAUAUCAGUGCAGGGAAAGAACCAGUGGGAAUUUAAACCAGUACCAACUCAAUGACUUCAGAACAAAUUGCUUCUGUGUUUCCCUGAGGCUGAAAACCAGUUUGGGAGUGGCUGGACUGGAUUCAGAGCAUCCCAGCCCCAUUCAUAGGGUCCUGCAGGGCUUUCAGGUGCCCAUUGGCAUCUCCCUGGGAUAUGGUGGUCUCAGUCCAUUGUGCCUACGGGGACUUGCUUGGUCCAUCUGUUCUGUAUUGCACCUCCUGAGUUACACCGGUUUCCCUGGGCUUAAGGUCUUGUGUAGGAUUAUUAAUUUUACCCAAGCAUGUAUGUGUGUGGAGGAGUUCCUUGUGUAAAGGUCCCCCUAAUAAAUACUGAGUAAUGGAUGGGAGUCUCUAAUACAAAGAAACCUAAAAGGGGAAACAAAAAUGAAACAAGAGUUCUGCUUCAGAGCAGAGAUGAAAGAGUGAAAUCCUAACUUGCUUACACAUUCCUGCUGGUAACUUGUGUGCUCUCACCUGACAGCAGAGAGCUGGAGGAAUCGGGCAUCCUUCUGAACCCGCUAACAGAGCAGCCAUUUGAAGAGAUGCUGAGUUUGUUACCUUGCUGUUGGCAGAGAUGCCAAGCUGCUGCUGUUUUGUCGUUGAUGGAGGUGCCAGGCUGCUGCAAGCCUGGGCAGCGUCAGUCUCUUGGUGCAGUCGUUGGGUUCCAAUGGUGAGUUCCCAAACCCCAAGCCAUCGCUGGCAAGCAACCAGAGCUGUGUCCCAGCCAAAGGCUGCUUCUUUCCAGCAGCAAACUGCAUUUGCCUGUGUAUUGUAAACUUCUAGAAAAUACCUGGGAAAUAGUGCAGGAAACCUCUGCUAAGGCUCAGGAGGCAUCCCCCUUGCUAACAGGGAGCAUUUAACACAUCCCCAUUUCCCAUUCGGAAUGGUUGACCACAUCUCUCUUUUCCCCCCUGUCCUUUAAUUACUUGGAAUACAGUUUCACUCCAUACUUUUUGAUUACAGAGGCUUAUAGUUCAAGUACUUUAAUGAAAUAGGAAAAUAGAUCUAAUUGUUUUCCCUUUAUGCUUCAAUGAAGGGUCAGGAUAAAUCACGGAGUAGUUAUUUAUUGCAUGUAUGCCACCAGCAGCAUGCUGGGCUAUUUUACAGGCUGGAGCAUGUUCUUGUGCAGACUUGGGAGAUCCCAGAGCUGAGACCAUUGCUUUGGGAUCAGGUCUUGUGUCUUACCAAGGCAUCUGACUGUGUGCAAUACAAGGGACAUAAACACUGGGUGGCUGUUUUGCCCAAGAGCUAGUUAAAGCAGCUUAGAGACAAAGCCUCCAGGACCCUUGCUUUUUUUACACCAGAGUUUAGGAAUUACUUCCUUUUUAGUCUUAUUUUGAUAGUGCUGCCUGGAAUAUUCAAAGUUUUUAAACAAAACUUAGGGUUUUCCAACAAGACCUUUAGCAUUGGUGGGCUGUUGUGACAGAUCCUCCACAUGCAAGAAGCAGCAAUGCAAGAUGCAUGGUGGAGGACACACCAUGGUGGCAGCGUGUGGUUGUCCAUGUGCACUUUAAACUCCUUUCUCAGGGGCUAGGCACUGUGCUGGGUUACAGCCAAGGCAGGAAGCAAUGGUCCCAUGUCCCUGGGUCAGCUUUGGGCAGCAGCAGUGGAAAGUCUUUUGUGCUGUUUUGGGACAUCAUGUCAUUGUGGCCAGUCACUGGAUGAGCUUUUCUCCCUGUGUGAUCCUAUCAGGAGGCACAUUGGGAAAGGGAAAAAAGAGAUGCUACUCAGAGCAAAACAGUGUUGCAUCCUAUGUUUUGUUUCUCUCAUGUGGCCACUGCACAGCUCAGGGUCUGGAUGAGGUUUUUUAUGUGUGUGUUUCAGACUUUGGCACUGUGAAGUUGUUGUAUGUGUGUUUCUGAUGUUCUGCUCAGCCAAGGCUGGAUGGUACCACCAGGCACUGGAGAAGUCAGGAGGGGCUGGGGGACUUCAUUCCUUAAGAGGAUCAAAUCUGGCACUGAGCCGGAGUCUCUGCUCACAGUGUGGAUGGCAGAAGUAGCCAGAGGAGCAACAGGAAAGCUCAGCAGCAAUUUUGGGUCACUCUUUUGCAGGUCAGGUUGAUAGUGCUGAUUCCCAGGUGAGUCCUGCUCCACCAAAACUCAUCAAAGAAUUGCUGUGCAAGGGCUCAGGCUAAUGCUGUCCCAACUGGUGGAGAUGUUCCUGAGGUUCAGUGACCGGGGCAUCACAUCAAACACACAGCAGUCCCCAGUGCCAGCCCCUAAGACUUGUGAUUUUUGGUCCAUACCUUGUAUAAAUGAUGCCAGAGAUUCAGUUGUCCCUGUUCAGUCCUACCUGGCCUUUCCUCCCCAUGCUUCUGAAGUGGCAAUUUCUGGCAGGGCUUCUCCCUGGAGAGGAGACAGCCCAUCCUUUUGGGAUGAAGGAGAAAGGCUUCACCCUGUGCAGAGGCUGCGUGGCACAGUUCGGGUUAGGGUUUGCAGGGCUGCAGUGAGGAAGGCAAAUUGUGCUCCAUGGACCUGUCCUGUUGGUGUCAUUCAGCUUUCGGUAUGAGAGGGGCAUUAAAUGAGCCUGAAUCUGUGUGUGCCUGGAGUGAUGAGGACAUGGGUACCGCUGGCUGGUGUCCGAUGUGGGUCAGUUUGGGUGCUUGGGACCAAGAGGAGGUCCUUAGCUGCCAGUGGCCUUGGUCUGGGAAUACGCUGAAUUUAUAUAUGUGAGAUGCCUGAACAGCCAAAUCUAGAAAUCUCUGAGUUUGUGCUUCGUAGUGAAAGGUAAAUCAUUGUGUCUUGGGGAUGGGGUGGGAGGGUGUUAUUUGAGGGGUGAAACUGAAAGAAACAGCUUUCCUAUUUUAUUACACGAGAGAUAUUUUUCCACUAAAUUACCACUUCCUAAACUGUGUCCUGUGUCCGACUGUAAAUACCCAGGUGUGCCAUGAAGGCGUGGGAAGGUUCCUCGUGGUCACAUCCGUACGAUCCACUCUGUUCACACAAUAUCGGGCUGAUUUGUUUUAUACUCAUAAAAUUACAGAAAUAAAAGCAAUUUUACUGGA